GCCUUGCCCACCACCAAGGCGUCUCAUCUCAUGCCGAAGAAAAGGUUUUCAUCUGUCUCCAUAUUAUCCCUAUUGAUCUCAGCAAUCACAUUUAACUGAUGCGGGUGAUGGCAACAGCUGCGCCUCGUGUACAUGUCAUUCCAUCGUCACGAAGCGCUUCGGUUAUCUAUGUACAUAUCUCGACCAUCAAUUCAUCAACAUAACUGAACCACUAUAGAUGGCUCGUGUUGGCGACCGAGUCUUGGUCACUGGUGAGGCUCUUCCCGCCAGGUAUCCCCCGCCUGCGGCCCCCGCUGGCCAAUUAUUUACUCUCUUCCCGCUUAUAUAUCGUGGCCUCUCAUCUGGCGCGACUUGUGUUCGCUUCUUUAUCGUAACAUAUCUUCAAAAUGUAUAACCUUGCGGGCAAGAUUUCUUCUAAAGCGAGAUCCUUGUAUACGAGGAUCUCGAUUACGCGCUUUGGCCUCGCGUUCCUUGUGCUGAGCUUUCUCCACUGCCUCGCGCAAGCCACGAUUCAGAUCUAUCUAUUGAAGGGCGACCGGGGCGCCUCUAUCGAGUUCCUGCGCAUCCAAAGCGCCUCAAAUGUGUCGUCAAAGGCAAUCGCGUGGUUGGACGUGAAGGGACAUGACAAUUACACGCUGAGGGUGUGUACCGACGUCCCGCUUACGCUGCAGGGAAUCGAGUCGUGCGAGAUCAUGUUUGAAAGUGGCGUGUUUGAGGCGGGUAACGCGACGGUCUCUGCCGCAGCGGCUACGUCGGUACUCACUGCCCGAGGGAUCGAUGUGAAAACGGUGACUCCGGUGACGAACGCCUCUAAUCAAGUGGACGGCGCGAACGUCACCUUUACGAAUGGGUCGCAAACGGAGACCGUCAUGGUCAAUGAGCAGUGUGCGCAGGUGCUCGUGUAUCCCACCGAGGUGAUGCAGUCGUAUGCGAUCGAGGACGUCGCAUUGUUGGGGCUGCAGGCAUGGCUCUUGUGCAUCUCGUUCAUCGCUGUCGCAUGCUACUCCAUUCCGCACACCAUCGCUAUCAUAUGCACCAGAGUACUGGCGACGAUGUGGGCUGCCUACUCCGUCUGGCACACGCUCUAUUCCAUGGCGGUCUUCGACGCACUCUUCUUGGACGACGCAAGCCCGUGCAAGUUCGACUUGUUCCCGUCGCUUUUUGACACACGUCUCGCGCUGGCUAUUGCCGUAUUAUUGUCUAACAUCUCGGGAUUGGCCUUCACGUCGUGGCUCGGAUGGGCACUCAUCAAGACUUUCAGCACAUUCACGUUCCGGCGCGUUGGCCCUCCCCGACCGAUCGUCCGGAUCUACCGUUUGUUCCUCGCCAUGUCUGUCCUCCUGCAGCUAUGCGCGUACUUCCUCAUCACAGCCACUGCGAUGUGGAUCUCGUGGCUAUUUCACGGCGCGAUCGGGCGCAUCUCCACUCACAAUGCCUUGUAUGAAGGCUUAUUCAUCGCUACGAUCAUUUCGAUUCUUCCGUGGAUUAUCACGGGUUGGUACGCUGUCCGGCACGAGCGCGAGACGCUCAUGGCGGUGUUCCUUGUUGUAUGCUUCUUCUACAUCGUGAGCUGGUCGAUCAUGUUCUACUCAGAAGUCUACCGGUGGACCUUCCUCGCAUGGUUCUUCUUCGCAGCGUUGACGAUCGUCUCGUUCGUCAUGCUGAUCGCUACCGCGGUGUUUGGUGUGAUAUGCAGGCUGAACUUUGGCAAGGGGCUAGCGGAGUACCUGCAUGCCGAAGCGGUGCUUGCUGAAGCCAACUUUACACCGGGGCUAUUUUCACAAGAGGAAGAGAAGAUGUCGACGCGGAGUGACAGUCUCUAUGACGUGCCUGUGCUCACUGGUGGGAGCGCACGGACACACGAUGUCAACUGGGUCUCCUUCGAUGUCGAGCGGCCUCCGAUUAUCAUUAUGGCACACGGUGACACGACAUCGGCAUCUCUAUGAUGCUUGCACGUAUGUCUCUUCGUACCAUUAUUGGUCCAUCCAGGUGAUGGACGUUGCGAUUGGAUUCGCUUUCAUAUACGGGAUCAUCUCAUGCUGUAUUCCCGAUCCUGAACCUAGUAGUAGGCCAUGUUCCAUCGUAUCACACGCACGUUAUUGUAGACAG